AUGGAGAUUAGGUAUUGGCGGAGGUCGAGAGGCUACGAAAGGCUAGAUGGGUCGGCGAAGAACGCAAAGUCUGGUCGGAGAAAUGUGAAGCGGGUCAAGUUAGACUCGACGACCCGGAAGAGACGGUUUUGGAGGAUCAAGAUAGUGCCGAAGCUGAGGAUCUUCAAAAAGGGGUCUCCUAAGAAGGUUUUGACGUGGCUUCGAGAUGCUUACGUCAACAUGAUGCUGCGCCUGGCCAAUUCUCGGGUCAUCGAGUCGUCCUACGGGUACGGCGAAUACGGGUACGGGUUGAGUUUACCGUCGAGAGAGUACGAUGAGAAGAAGCUGGUGGAGAUUUACAAAUCGAUUCUGAUGAAGCAGGGGAGUCUCGUGCACCGCGACACACCUAAGCUUCCUUCCGAUUCUCUUGUACUCUCACCCCUUACGGUAAAUUAA